UAACCCUCAAUGUCAACCAUGAAGACUUUUUCCCACUGCCCGCUGUGUGAAACUGACAGCUACAGGAAACAGGAGGGAGAAAGUCUGGUGUGUGUGUGUGUCUACGUCAGGGAGGGUUGCCAUGCACCUGUAACCAGUGAUUGAAGGCCGAGACGCGAGUGAACACCGAGGGCUUCUUAUCCAUGAUGCACCCCACAGGCACGAAACUCACCACGCCGUGCACUUCCCAAUCACUGCCUGUCUGCUUGCACACCAAAGGCCCACCUGAGUCACCCUGAUGGAAGUAUGGCUAAAGUAUCACCAGCAGUCAGAAAAGGACAUGAGAAGCUGCAUUUGUCUUACUGUAUAAAGCAAUGAGCGGCAGUGAGCACCCAUUGCUCAUGGAUGAGUGAACCUCCACAAACAUGCUGGAAUGGUAUUAAAACAUAUGGACGGACCUAAAGGUGUCUCUCUGGAUAAGACAACUUUGGAUUUGCGGCUCGAGUUGCCUCGUGAGCACAACUACGAUGAUGUCAUACCUCAAACAGUCCCCGUACGCCAUGAACGGGCUGGGGCUCAGCGGGGCCACAAUGGACCUCCUCCAUCCUUCUGUGGGAUACCCAGCAAAUGCCCGGAAACAGAGACGAGAGAGAACCACCUUCACCCGCACCCAGCUGGAUAUUUUAGAAAAUUUGUUUGCCAAGACACGAUACCCCGAUAUUUUCAUGCGAGAGGAAGUGGCCUUGAAAAUUAAUUUGCCUGAGUCAAGAGUGCAGGUGUGGUUUAAGAACAGACGGGCAAAGUGUCGCCAGCAACAGCAGAGCAGCAGCGCUUCGAAGGUCCGCCCGGCAAAGAAGAAAUCCUCCCCGUCCCGCGAGAGUCCGGGGUCAGAGAGCAGCGGUCACUUCACUCCCCCAGCUGUCUCCACUAACAACUCAUCUUCCUCAUCCUCCUCGUCCUCAGGCUCCAACCCCUCCAGUCUUAGUGGAGUGGGUCUGAUGAGCAGCUCUUCCUCAGGAACAACACCUGCCUCCUCCAUCUGGAGUCCCGCUCCAGUCUCACCAUUACCGGCUCCGCCCUCGCUCCCCGACAUCUCGCCGCCGGCCAGUGCCUCCUGCAUGCAGAGGGCGAUCUCAAGCUGUGGGAGUACCACGGGAGUGCCGUCCUAUCCCAUGCCCUACAACCAGGCUCCAAGCUACGCCCAAGGAUACCCAACGACCAACACGGCCUCUUACUUUGGAGGCAUGGACUGCGGCUCCUACUUGGCACCCAUGGCUAACCACACCCAUCACCACCACCCACAUGCCCAUCACACGCAGCUGAGCACCAUGGCGGGCACCCCGUCAGUGUCGGGUCACCAUCCGCAUCAUAUCGGGCAUAGCAGCACCGGGCACCCGCACCACCCUCACCAGGGCUACGGCAGCACAGGGUUGUCUUACAGCUCCACGGACUGUCUGGAUUACAAAGAUUACAAAGAACAAGCUGCCGUGGCAUCGUCGUGGAAACUGAACUUUAGCUCUGCCGCAGCAGACUGCUUGGACUACAAAGAUCAGGCGGCUUGGCGUUUUCAGGUCCUCUGAAAACAUUUAAUGUAAGGACUAGUAGUUGUUACUUUAAGUUUGCUUGUUUGUUUUUCUUUGGAAAAAGACACGUUACAGACUAUGUCGAGCACCACGGGGUGUGGAAGACAACAUCAGGAGGUGACUUUCUGUGCCAAAUAUUUCCGCCUUUCAGGGGAAUCUGUCAAAAGAGCUACCGUGAGAAGACUUUGGCCCUUACCAAAGUUUCUCUCAAUAAAUUAAAAAUGAAACAUUUUCAUCAACCUAUCUGGAGUUCUUCAACAAAUGAGGGCCUUUGUGAUGCACUCCUCGCACAAUGCACUGAAUGAACAAGACUCUGGGGUUUCAGACAAUGAAGGCAAUAAUAAUUUUAUAUAAUUUUCUUUAGGUGACUUGAACCUGUGAAAUUCAUGUUCAUUUAAUAAAUAUAAGCUAAAGAUUGAGA